ACCUCCUUCAGACCCGCCCUCCACUAGGGCCAGUGGCCCCACCUCUAGGGAACUACGCUUCCCGUGAGGCAGCGGAUCAAAGAGGUUCCCUUUUAAUUAACUUUAUUCGUCAAACUGCCUUGAGGACAGAUCAGAGAGGGCGGGGGCCGCGGGGGCCGCGGCGGCGGCUGGAGCUUUAAUAGUGGCGGCCGCGCAAUUUCUGCCGCUGCCGGGGUGGGGGCGGCAAGAUGGCGGACGGGUUUGGCGGCAAAGAGAAAUGCAGCGACCAGAGGUUGGUCUCGCUGCCCUUGUCUCGCAUCCGUGUGAUCAUGAAAAGCUCCCCCGAGGUGUCCAGCAUCAAUCAAGAGGCGCUGGUGCUCACGGCCAAGGCCACGGAACUCUUUGUUCAAUAUCUAGCCACCUAUUCCUAUAAACAUGGCAGUGGAAAGGAGAAGAAAGCACUUAUUUACAGUGAUUUAUCAAAUACUGCAGAAGAGUCGGAAACCUUUCAAUUUCUUGCAGAUAUAUUACCAAAGAAGAUUUUAGCCAGCAAAUACCUGAAAAUGCUUAAGGAAGAGAAGGGGGAAGGAGAAGAAGAUGAGGAAGAGGAAGAAGAGGAGGAUGAAGAAGAUGAUGAGAGUGAGGAUGAAGAAGCUGAAUCUUAAAACAUAAAAGCAAUACUUUAUAAUUAACCAAAAUUGUGCUACCAACCCCACUCAGGCCCCUUUCUCCUAAAUAAAAUACAGAGCUGUUCCAUUUCAUCCCCAUACAGAAUUUUAUAUCCAUCUAUCCAUUUCAGUCUGAGGAAUGAGUUAAAAGAAAAUUUACUUGAUUUGCAUUACAUUUGAAGGCAUCACUAAGCUGCAUAUUUAUUCUGAUAUCUUGUUUGUCUUAUUGAACAAUGAACUUCUAUAUCCUUAAGAGAAACAAACAUGAAAUGCUUAUCUUUUUUAUUAAUUGAUAUAGAUUUAAGAUCUAGUGAUAGUAAAUGUAAAUUAAUAUAUGUAUAUUAUGAAAUUAUUUUACUUGUGGACCAUACUCGUUUUCAGUUGAACAUUUCAUUUAUUUUUGGUUAAAUAUGUAGUAUAGAGCAUAUUACAUAUUAAUUUCUGUAUAGCAAGAAAUUUUUACUGUUUGAUAAAAGAGUGCUUAUUUUUUUUACUGUAAAAGAUUUUUCCAUUCUGUAUUUUUAAAAAAAUGUACAUAAUUUUCCUUCAAUAAAAUGGUCCAUCAAUCAGAA